GCGUAAGCCGGUGACGGCAGGAAGUAGAGCUAGGAGCUGCGGCCAGCGUGACUUUCAGCUCCUGGGAGUGAAAAUCCUUGCUCUGAAUUAUGUUGAGGUGCCGGAAGGUCUUGGGCGCGGUGUUGCCUAGGCGACAGCUGUGCUUGAACAGCUGCAGAUGGUGUUCUUCAGGAAUUAUUCCAAAUGAAAAGGUCCGCAACAUUGGAAUUUCUGCACACAUCGACUCUGGAAAGACUACAUUAACUGAGCGCAUUCUUUUCUACACAGGAAGGAUAGCACAAAUGCAUGAGGUAAAAGGGAAAGAUGGGGUUGGUGCUGUCAUGGAUUCGAUGGAGUUGGAACGACAGCGGGGGAUCACUAUUCAGUCUGCAGCAACUUACACUAUGUGGAAAGGUGCGAACAUUAACAUAAUCGACACCCCAGGGCACGUAGAUUUCACUAUAGAAGUAGAAAGAGCAUUGAGAGUUCUUGAUGGAGCCAUACUGGUGCUGUGUGCUGUUGGAGGGGUCCAGUGCCAGACAAUAACGGUGAACAGGCAGAUGAAGCGGUAUAAUGUCCCAUGUUUGACCUUUAUCAACAAACUGGAUCGAAUGGGUGCACAUCCAUACAGAGCUGUGCAACAACUUAGAUCCAAGAUGAACCACAAUGCUGCUUUUAUUCAGAUACCUAUGGGAUUGGAGGGAAAUCUGAAAGGGAUCAUUGAUCUCAUUGAAGAAAAAGCUAUAUACUUUGAAGGGGACUUCGGCCAAACAGUUAAAUAUGAUGAAAUUCCCCCUGAGUUCAGAGCAGAGUCUAUUGAUCGCCGCCAGGAACUGGUUGAAUGUGUUGCAAACACAGAUGAACAGCUUGGGGAGCUUUUUCUUGAAGAGAAGAUCCCAACAGUGGCUGACUUGAAGCUUGCAAUCAGAAGAGCAACACUCAGUAAAUCCUUCACACCUGUGCUGGUUGGAAGUGCUCUGAAAAACAAAGGUGUGCAACCACUGCUGGAUGCUGUUCUAGAAUACCUCCCAAACCCAUCAGAAGUCCAGAACUAUGCUCUUUUCAACCAGGAGAAUUCCCAGGAAAAAUCGAAGAUGUUGCUGAGUUCGGUCAGAGACGAUUCCUUGCCUUUUCUGAGCCUGGCAUUUAAACUUGAGGCUGGACGUUUUGGACAGCUCACGUAUGUUCGUGUUUAUCAGGGGAUGCUAAAGAGAGGUGAUCACAUCUACAACACCAGGACUGGGAAAAAGGUGCGGGUGCCAAGACUUGCCCGCAUGCAUGCAGACAUGAUGGAGGAUGUGGAAGAAGUUUAUGCAGGAGACAUCUGUGCAUUGUUUGGCAUAGACUGUGCUAGUGGGGACACAUUUUCAGAUAACUCUAGCACUGACCUUUCCAUGCUGUAUGAAGUUGCUUUAAAGAACUACCUUGAAUGA